AUGCCCCGCCACGCCGCCUGCUCGUACUCGUGCGGGGCCUCAGGGCCUGGCAAAGGAGACAUUCCUCAGCGUCAGACUGACGGCCCCAAACGGCGAAGUCUGGAGGCAGCGUGGGGGGCAGAACGGGGCCCGGGUUUAUGCAGAGCUCAGCGGCAUUGGAAUCCCUGUCCUGAGUCCAGCCCUGGGGUCAUGCCAGGUUCUCCGCAGUCACCGCCGCCAGACACUGACUCCCUGGACAAACCCAAGCUGAAAGCCGGGGGCUCGGUAGAGAGCCUGAGGAGCUCCUUAAGCGGUCAGAGCUCAAUGAGUGGUCAGACGGUGAGCACAACAGAUUCCUCAACCAGCAACAGGGAGAGUGUGAAAUCAGAAGACGGUGAUGAUGAGGAGCCUCCUUACAGAGGACCUUUUUGUGGAAGAGCCAGGGUUCACACUGAUUUUACUCCAAGUCCUUAUGAUACAGACUCUCUGAAGCUCAAGAAAGGCGACAUCAUUGAUAUAAUCAGCAAACCUCCCAUGGGCACUUGGAUGGGCCUGUUGAACAACAAAGUUGGCACUUUCAAGUUCAUCUACGUGGAUGUGUUAAAUGAAGAGGAAGAGAAGCCAAAGCGGCCCACCCGGAGACGCCGGAAAAGCAGACCACCCCAGCCCAAGUCAGUUGAGGAUCUCUUGGAUCGCAUCAACUUAAAGGAGCACAUGCCCACUUUUCUGUUUAAUGGUUAUGAAGAUCUGGAUACCUUUAAGCUUUUAGAAGAAGAAGAUUUGGAUGAACUGAACAUCCGAGAUCCUGAACACAGAGCUGUUCUCCUCACAGCAGUGGAACUUCUACAGGAGUAUGAUAGUAACAGCGACCAGUCAGGAUCGCAGGAGAAACUUCUCGUUGAAGGCCAGGGCCUAACUGGAUGCUCUCCUCGGGAUUCUGGCUGCUACGAAAGCAGUGAAAACCUGGAGAAUGGUAAAAGUCGAAGGACCUGUCUUCUGCCCUCAAAAUCAGCAAGUGAGCAUAGCUUUAAGGACUUCAGCAGAAACCAGCUAUCAAAUUAUCCUACGCUUCCACUGGCCAAGUCAAUAGAAACCCUGCAGCAAGGGGAAAAGGAAAGCCGGUUGAGUUGUGCGCACCGUGCUCUCCAGAGCUCUGCCAAACCUCCAGCUGUUACAGGUCUGAAGAAGAACCGUAGAAGUUUACCAGUUGCCGUCUGUCGGAGCUAUGAAACUCUGGAUGGCCCCCAGGAUGUGGAUACAUGGCCGAGAUCACACUCGCUGGAUGAUCUCCAGGGAGAAUCCAAUACUAACCUACAGGACACUAGCAAGGAAGUAGGUUCUUUUCCUCAGGAUUCACUGGAUAUAGCAAAAAAGGCGACUGGCUCUGCCCUGCUGCCUCAGUCUCGUGGAGGCAGCUACAUGGCAGAUGACUUGAAGGCUAAGCAGGGUAAAGGAGCUGCUAGUUCUCAGAAGGGAAGAGGUAAGGAAUCGGACUGCUCUGUAAUGGAGACUGCAGGUGGAAAGCCUGCUCCGUUCCCUCUGACAAACUGUGAAGCUCAGCCUGCCUUAGCAACACAUUUUGCAACAAGGAUGCCUCUAGAAAUACAGAGUAAAGGCUUUCAUGACCUUGCGCAGGCUGAUUACGCUCCAGUCCUGAAGGGAGGUCUGGAAGCUGAGCAAAAAGGCACAAAUGAGGCAAGAAUGCAACCAAAAAAUCCUUCUCAGCCACCACCUGUCCCUGCCAAAAAAUGCCGAGAGCGCCUUUCUAAUGGAUUAUAUCAUCCUCCCAUGGCAACAGGUGGGAACCACUCGAGUCUAGAAGCACCGUGUUUGCCAGUAAAAAAGACCAGCUCGUCCACUUCCACUGAUUGUCACGGAGUACCUGUCCAUAGGACAUCUUCUGAACAGGAGCCCAGUACCCCUCCUAGCCCACUGCCACCCUGGCUGUCGGAGCUCCCAGAGACUGCUAGUGUUCAGCAGCAUGUGAUAAAGCUAGGUCCCACUUCAGCGAGGAAAGUCUCUUGUAGCAGGGGAAUGGAUCUGGAAAUGGUAAUAGAGAACAAGCUGCAGUCUGAAGACAUUGAUCUCACUGAAGAACCAUACUCUGACAAGGUAAGUGGGGGAUGUAACUUUCCUGAGGCUUUGGUACAGAGGUACUCCGAAGACUUGGACCAGCCGGAAAAGGAUGUUGCCACAAACAUGGACCAAAUCCGGGUAAAGCAGCUGAGGAAGCAGCAUCGCAUGGCAAUUCCAAGUGGAGGGCUCACUGAAAUUUGCCGAAAACCUGUAUCCCCAGGACUUAUCACCUCUGUAUCUGACUGGCUGAUUUCCAUUGGUCUACCUAUGUAUUCCAGCCUGCUCACAGAAGCAGGAUUCAACACACUGAGCAAAGUGCCUUCUCUGUCACAAACUUGCCUUCAAGAAGCUGGCAUCACAGAGGAAAGGCACAUAAGCAAGCUCCUGGCAGCAGCAAGACUCUUCAAACCUCUUGAUCCAGAGGCAAUUUAA